GUUUGUUUUCAUGCUUGUACGAGACGUCACAUUGUUCCGCCCAUUGGUAGCCCGGUGAAGGUGCUACUGCAGCAGGUGGCAUGUGGGAGCCCGGGUAGCGGUCUGCGGAUGAGGUGGGAUUUGCUAAUGUGAAGACAGUAAAGAAUUCCAAACACAGCAGAGCCAUGGAGACCAACUUGCAGAAGAGGAAGGAGAGCAGGAAAGCUCUGCGCAUAAAGGUGAUCAGCAUGGGUAAUGCUGAAGUGGGCAAGAGUUGCAUAAUAAAGCGUUACUGUGAGAAGAGAUUUGUCCCCAAAUACCAAGCAACUAUAGGAAUUGAUUAUGGAGUGACAAAAGUACAAAUCAGAGACAGAGAGAUCAAAGUUAAUAUAUUUGACAUGGCUGGGCAUCCCUUCUUUUAUGAGGUCCGCAACGAGUUUUACAAGGAUACACAGGGUGCACUACUGGUAUAUGACGUUGGCUUAAAGGAGUCAUUUGACGCUCUUGAUUCUUGGCUGGCAGAGAUGAAACAGGAGCUUGGAUCUCAUGGAAAUAUUGAGAAUAUUGUAUUUGCUGUUUGUGCAAACAAGGUUUUGUCGCUGCAGAUUGACUGUUCAAUGCAUCGCCUAGUUGAUGAAAGUGAAGGGCGACUUUGGGCAGAAAGCAGAGGAUUUCUUUAUUUUGAAACGUCGGCACAGAGUGGGGAAGGAAUUAAUGAAAUGUUUCAGACAUUUUAUUCUGCCAUUAUGGAUUUAUGUGAAAAUGGUGGGAAGAGGCCUGUGUCUGCCAUAAACAUUGGAUUCACCAAAGAGCAAGCUGACACUAUACGCAGGAUACGCAAUAGCAAGGACAGCUGGGAUAUGCUAGGGGUCAAACCCGGUGCCACCAGGGAUGAGGUGAAUAAAGCCUACCGCAAAUUAGCUGUACUGCUUCAUCCGGACAAGUGUUUGGCACCAGGAAGUGAAGAUGCUUUUAAAGCGGUUGUGAAUGCUCGGACAGCUCUGUUAAAAAACAUUAAAUAAUACACAGGGUGGUAAUAAGCCAGGAGAUUGGACCUCAGAAAUCCAGAUCAUGUGAUUUAUUUAUUUUUGCAAACAUCAGUGAGGUUACACUAAAUACCUGUCACUAAAAUAGCUCGACUCAACAGGCACAUCCAGUAUGUUAGCAAAGAGCAUUUGUUAUUGUUUCUCAGUUUACUGGAUGCAGAUAUUGUAACCUUGCUACUUCUUUUGGUGCAUGCACAAGAAUUGUUUUCAGGCUUCCUUCUUACCGUGUUAUGGUCAUUGUACCUAUGCAAACAUUUCUACUGCAUGUUUUUUAUUUAUUUGUCAUUUUAUCUACUGAGUGUAAAACACAAAGUAGCGUUUAUUGUUAUAUUGUUUCCUCUAUUUGUCAUGUUUUUAGUGGAUCUGUACAACACAUGAUGUAAAUGAUUUUUGUAACCGUAAUUAGAGCUUGUUUUUAGCAGUAUUAAUUUAUAGUAGUAGGUUUCAGGAUCAUUUUUAUAAGUGCACAUUUCCCAUAACCACAGACAGCUUUCUUCUUCGUUUUUUUUCUUUGUUGUUGUUUUUUUCUAUAAUUAUUUAAAGGGACACUGAACCCAUAUUUUUUCUUUCGUGAUUCAGAUAGAGCAUGAAAUUUUAAGCAACUCUAUAAUUUACUCCUAUUAUCAAAUUUUCUUCAUUCUCUUGGUAUCUUUAUUUUAAAUGCAAGAAUGUAAGUUUAAAUGCCGGCCCAUUUUUGGAGAACAACCUUGGUUGUUCUUGCUGAUUGGUGGAUACAUUAAUCCACCAAUAAAAAGUGCUGUCCAGAGUUCUGAACCAGAAAAAAAAAGCUUAGAUGCCUUAUUUAUCAAAUAAAUAUUGCAAGAGAACGAAGAAAAAUUGAUAAUAGGAGUAAAUUAGAAAGUUGCUUAAAAUUGCAUGAUUUAUCUGAAUCACGAAAGAAAAAAUUUGGGUUCAGUGUCCCUUUAAUCUUUUAUUCAUAAAGUGCCACUAUAUUCUGCUGGCCAUGGUGUAUACAUACAUUAUGUUGUUACAAUUCAGAUAUUAAACUUGACGGUGCAGAUAGAUAUAGUAAGAGGAGGGGUUUGCUCUGAAGAGCUUAGAAUCUAGAUACGAUUACACGUGCCCAUUUCAGAUACACUUUUUUUUUUUUUUUUUUUGUAUUUGUCAGUUAUUUUAGUGGAAAUGGGUAAGAAUCUUACUCAUUAACUUAUUAGUCAGUAAAUAUUUGUAAGAGGUACAAAAGUAAUACUGCAGUAUUUGUUUCGGGUAAAACUUAACAGCUUUUAUGUAACCUUUUUCUUCAUAAAUGGAAAGAGUCCACAGAUUCAUUCAUUACUUUUGGGAAAUAAGAACCUGACCACCAGGAGGAAGCAAAGACACCCCAGUCAAAGGCUUAAAUACUCCUCCACUCCCCUCAUCCCCCAGUCAUUCUUUGCCUUUCGUCCCAGGAGGUUGGCAGAGAAGUGUCAGAAGUUGUUUUUGUCUCUUAUGGAGAGUAGUACUCUUCGACAUGGGACGGGAGUUUUAAGUAAUCCUGUCAGUCUCUGUGAGGGCUUGCAUAAGAGUUUGGAGAUGCAGGAAGAGUCUUCCUGCGAAACCAUCCCGACUCAUGUUAACAGCUCCUCAAGCAAUCAGCGUUGUCGAACUUCGAUUUGCUGCCUGCUUCUCUCAAGUCCAUGGCGGAGGCGAGGCUGCUAUCCGUCCCACUUGAAGGGCUGUGUUCCUGUUCCACAGCGUAGAUUCCGGUAAGAUCGUUUCAUUUUACAUCUUCAUGAAUGUACUGUAACUCAUUUGUUCCUGCAAACUCACAUGAAAAAUGCAGGGUCUCAGUGGGACUCCUUUAGUAUCUUGGAAUCAAGGGGGAUUAUUGAACAAAGGGGGAUUUAAUCAUGUUUGUUAUGUGAUUCAACCUGCUUAUGUGUAGUGUUAACUGGGCUUGGGGCUUAGAACAUAACGAUGUGUUGAAGUGACGUGACCUCACAGUUGGGUGCGCUUUUGUUGGACUGUACGGUUCACCUUGUGACCGAGCGUGUUUACUUUCUGGUCUCCUAUUUCCGCAUUCCUGACUGUGUGGCGACGGAAAAUUGUAGUCUGCUGGUGUUUGGUACAUAGGAGGUGUUGAAUCCUACAGCCAUUGUGCAUGUCCGGUGCCGUUUAAAUUGUUUUAUAUAUAGUCUAUUUUUGGGUAUCCUUGAUCCAGUUAUGGAGGAUACUGAUGUUGAGUUUGGUUAACUUUCUGAUUCAGAUUCUUUGUCCUGUGAAGAAUGUGAAUAGGCCCCAUUGACUCAGGUCAGUCAGUUAUGUUGUUUAGGCCAUCCUAGAGCGCCUUGUUCCUCGGGCUCUGGGAUUCAAGAGACUGCCGAGCCAUCCGCCUCAGGGGGCUCUGAACUCCGGGAGGCGAGUUUUCUACUGCUACACAUGCAGGUAACCCAAGUUAUGUGUUUCCCUUCUCGGAGGGUGGAUUGCUCCCCCCAGAGGUUGUGGCACGUUUUCCCUUCUACAUACUUUUGGUGCUUGCCCGUCUACAAAGUCCAGAUGUUUAUUUGGGAUUGUGCUCAUGCCCGAUUGCCCCAGGUCUCUCGGCCUCUGGAGGGCAUGUACAGUUCCCUGCUGGUGUAACUGUUCCUGAGUGUUGUGCCUUUCGUUACCGGCGGACUCGUCUUGGUUUUUUACUCGGACACGUUUUUGAGCUGCUUGGGGACCCUAUCCUUCUUUGGUAUGGGACUCAUAAUUCUCCUCCUUCGAAUGGCUCACCUUGUUAGACAUGGGGGGAUAAAGUAAUUUCCUUUGUCUUGUUAUCGAGAUUCUUCCCAGUUUUUGUUGAAAGUACGGGGUUUCCAUUAGGCUGGUCCUACGGACCUUCUAUUGUUCUUGGGCGUUAAACUUCGGGUUGUCUGUUAUUUUAUUUAAUCCGGUUAGGAUCAAUUUUAUUUUUCAUACUAUGUUUUCUGCGGGAAUUUAAAACUAACUGGGAUCGAUACUCGCUGUUUUGCUUCUAUGGCAGUUGUGCGGGACACAUUAGUCCCAUAUUUGUCUGUUUUCUCCUCUCUGAGGAUUUAGCCAGCUUUGCAGUUAUAACCCUGGUUGCAGGCUGGUCCUGAUUGGGUUCAGAUCUUCUGUCUCGCGGCUUAGUCAGACACGUGGCGCCUAUUACGCCUUGCGGGUCAGACGGGAGUGCUCUUUGCUUUAUUUUAGUUUUUUUUUUUUUUUGUUAUUUAUUUUACAAGUUUCAGCUAAGCAUUCUCAAGAGGACUUGCGGAUCCGUGCAGCUCUCGGGAUUGUUUCAGUCUUAAAUAGCCGUCUCUCUGGUGACUGGGUCAGUGAAUUUUGCUGCGUCACUCUCUGUUGCUCCCGAUACCAUCGGAGCCUAGAGUAUUCCUUCCCACGUGGUGGGAAAAUUAGAGGGUUUAGUGCCUCUUUUCCACUGGUCGGGGCGGUGUUGCUUUAGGAAUUUGUUCCUUUUGGACUUGUUCCUUUAGUAGUUCUCUUCUUCAUUGAGACCUCUUGGAUUGUCUUCUCCUUGUGGAUGGGUCGCCUUCGGGAGACUUGGAUUCCCUUCGGGAGUUGGUUGUUCCUUUCUCAGGACAUUAGACAGUGAGGUCUUUUUGGGCUCCGGUUAGGGGUCCUUCACCAGUGUUGGGAAUGCUCUGCAUCUAUGCUCAUAUGGUUCAGGUAUUGCCAUCCAGGUGACACCCAAACCCAUGUUUUACUGCCCUCUGACUUCGAAUCUGAGGUGAUGUGGAGUCUUGAUGUUGCUCCAUUCGGGUGACUUGUCUUCACGGUUACCCUUGUGGCUACCUGGACAGCUAGCUCAGCAUACCAAUGCUAUGAGGCUACUCUGUACUGUAGCAAUCCGAGGGUUGCUAGUUUGAUCCCCGGUGAGGUCUACUCAGCCUUUCCUCCUUUCGAGGUUGAUAAAAUGAACAGUGCCUUGUGGCCUUUAGGGGGAUUAGCCGCACUUUCAAGCACAGGCAUGUUAAUGUUGCUUGGACGCCUGUUGGCUAUAGUGUCCUUUUCUGGCCCUGGCUCUUUGUAGUGUUGGGGUCCUGCAAGGGGUGGUCUCUUCCCUUUGGGUCGAGACUUACAAGGGCUUCUUGCUCUUGUUAUCAGUGUUAUUCUUGAUUAUUUUUUUUCCCUGGGAGGUCUGUUUUUUUUAUAUCAGACGAGGCAUUUCUGUUCCUGAAAGAUUGUUUAAUCUAAACAUUUGUGGGGCCCGGGCUCUUUGUCCUGAUCUUCCGGUUGUCAAGGGUUUUACUCAGUUUUCUCAUUGUGGAUCCUGCUGUGGGAUGUUACCGGACAUUAUGAUCCUAGGACUGGCCUGAGGGUUCCAGUUUCCGAGAUACUUGGGCUUAGCCUUUGUUCUGGCUUUUUUGUUUUACAACUUGGCCAGAUUUACUGAGAGCCGGGGCUCUUUGGGGGCUUGUCUUGUACCGACAAUACGGACGGUUCCCUUGAGGCAGCCAUCUAAUGUGACCUGAUCAUGGGCUUCCUGCCCAGCAAACGGAAGGUUUGCGGUUGCUCAGCUGUCUCUUUUGCUCCUGGUAUGUGUGCUAGCACGAUGGUGUUUAAGGGGUUAUUUCCGUGUUUGUCAGUAACGUGGCCUUUUGUCUCCUCGGUUCUUCCUACGACUUCCUGUCUUUUGGACAGGUGUUUAUCAAUGCUCUCCUCUUCAGAGGGCUCAUUGUUCUCCUUACGGAGGUGUGGUUACUUUUUCAGGGGCCUCUCCUGUGUUCAGGAGGUUGGAACAGAUGUUUUAUCUGGUUCGGGGAUUGGUCUGCUCUUUGAGUUGUUCCUUUCCAUUUGGGGAGCUGCUGGCUCCACAUUGUGACCUAGUCGAGUGGCUUUGCUGGAUCUCUUUGGGUCUAACGCCUACUCGAUUGUCUUAGGUUGAAGUGACUGUGCCAUUUUUCCGCCCUUUUGGGGGCCGGUCUUGGGGUUCUUUUCUGUUCCCUUGCUUCAGAUCUUCCAUUGCUUGGGCUGGUCCAGCUAGGUGUAGGAUCUGAGAUCUGUUGUUCAUCCUCAGGUCUUGGGGUGCCAGUGGACCUUGGUUUUUAGAGGUUCUGUACAUCUUCCCUUUAGAGAUCUAUGUGUAGGUCUGGAUUGCCUGGAGUGGGGCAGUCUGCUAUUUUGUUUGGCCGCUUUUUUAUUACGGAUAAGGUUUUCUCCGUGUCUUCCUACGGAUGGCAGCAGGUUUCUGGACACGGAUGUUUAUAUUUCUGAGUUUGCUACUUCUAAUUUUUCUGUUUGCUCAGUCUCUGAGUUCUGACAUUUUGAGGAUUUUGUCUUCAACUGCCUUUUCGAUGCUGUUGCACGAUAUUUAGGAGAUGUUCUUCUGCUUGAGGAUGCGCGUUGCUCCUUGUGGGUUGGGCGGCGUCUCCUUGUUCUCAGGAUCCAUUCGGGUCUCUGUGGACUUGACCUCUUUUGAAGGGGGCUUUUCCUUUAUUGGAUCUUGCUGUACCUUUCUGGGUAUCCCUUUGGUUAACCCUUGUCCUCUCUCUCUUUUGGGGAUUUUGGUACUGUACUAGUAAGGGUUGUGUGGGGACCGACUGCUGGGCGACUUUGUGGUUUCUAGUUAGGCUUCAGACUAUCUGCGGGUCAAUGUCCUUGGGGCCUUUUUCAUUCUAGUUUUUUUGCCUGGCUCAGACAAAGCGGGGUUGGUUUGGUUGGGUUGUUUUUGUUUGUUUUUUCAGGCCUGGUGCCCUCAGAAUGGGCCGCCUAUGGUACCCUCCCAUUUUUGCAUUCAGUGUCCUCUAUAGCUUGGGUAUUGUUUUCCCAAAAGUAAUGAAUGCAGCUGUGGACUCUUUCCAUUUAUGAAGAAAAACUUAAAUUAUGCUUACCUGAUCAUUUUCUUUUCUUCAGAUGGAAAGAGUCCACAGCUCCCCAUCCAUAUUUUGUCUGUGGGGCGUCUUCUUUUUAUUCUUUUGGCACCUUUUUACCCUGGUAUUCUUCUACUGUUCCUUGUUCCUCGGCAGAAUGACUGGGGUAUGAGGGGAGUGGGUGGAGUAUUUAAGCCUAUUGCUGGGGUGUCUUUGCCUCCUCCUGGUGGCCAGGUUCUUAUUUCCCAAAAGUAAUUAAUGCAGCUGUGGACUCUUUCCAUCUGAAGAAAAGAAAAUUAUCAGUUAAGUUUGUUUUUUUCCCCCAAGCCUAAAAAAUAUAUAUCAAAUAUAUAUCUUUAAACGAAAAUAUUUUUUAUGGUGCAUGUUAAAUGUUGUACAAACAUCAAAACAAUUUAUUCUGGACUACAAAACUUAAUCUGUUACAUACCAAAAUGCAAUAUUUUAGACGGAAAAAAAUGUUGAUGGUUCAGGGUGUUGACUAGUCGGCCAUUAUUAAUUGCACAAUAGAGCAAAUCACACAAUGUACUAUACGUUAUGUCAUAUGUGCAAGGUAAUAAAUCUGGUAGUAUUGUAAUCUAUUUAUUAUCAAUUAGUCAUUUGUUUUAUCCUUUUUAUUUACUUCCUUUAUUUAAUAAUUAUUGGACAAUGUAUUUGAUUGAAAUAUUUUAUGCAAGUGUCAUUUUUUUCACUAAAUAUUUUCACUUUUAAACACAA